AUGGUGCCCAAGAUUCUCAUGAUAUGUUUUUUCUAUAUUUUCCUUUCUAUACAAUUGCGCCCUUCAAUAGCGCAAACCAAUUGGAUCAGGGUUGGUCAUUACCCCUAUUCAUCAGAAUAUGGAAGCCCCAUUUCGGAGAUUAAUUUCUCUCUUUUCACUCACCUUAUAUGUGCUUCUGCUGCCGUGAAUUCUACCUCCUACCAACUCUCUUUAUCAUCCUAUGAUGAAGAACAUUUCUCUACCUUCACACAUACCACAAAACAAAAGAACCCAUCAGUCACUACACUGCUAUCUGUUUUUGACUAUGGUACAGCCUUUUCUCCAAUGGUAAGCAAUUCUUCAAACAGAAAAACCUUCAUCGAUUCCUCAAUAAAAAUUGCCAGACGUUAUGGUUUUGAAGGCCUACACUUCCAUUGGGAAUUUCCACAAACAAGCCUGGAUAUGUUCAAUAUGGGUGUUCUCUUUAAAGAGUGGAAAGCUGCUAUUGAUUUAGAGGCAACAAACUCUAGCCAGUCGCAACUGAUCUUGACCGCGAAGGUUUAUCAUACACCAAAGCUUUAUGAAACAAGUUACCCCAUAGAGGCGAUACAACAACAUUUGAAUUGGGUUCAUCUUCAUGUGGAUUACAUGUACAAUGAUGAUAGCUGGCGCUCCCGUACGAGCACUUUUGCAUCUCUGUAUGACCCAACUAAUUUUGAUAAUGCGGAUACCGGCAUAAUGGAAUGGAUUGAUGGAGGAUUAUCAGCUAAUAAAUUGGUUUUCACUUUACCUUUUUAUGGAUUUCAAUGGACGCUGGACAACCCUAUGCACAAUGGUUUUGGUGCUCCAGCACAAAGAGUUAUCCUUAAUACAGAGAAUGGAGUUGCAAGGUAUAAGGAAAUAAAGACCUACAUUGAGCAAUAUGGUGCUGAAGUUCCUGUUAGGUACAACUCAACUUAUGUGGUGAAUUACUGGACAAAGGGAACAACUUGGUACAUCUUUAAUGACGUUGAGGCCAUUAGAAAUAAGAUUUCUUAUGCCAAGGGAAACAAGCUACUUGGCUACCUUGCGUGGGAAAUCUCCGAUGAUUAUAAUUGGGUGCUUUCCAAAACUGCAGCUGAAGUGGACAUGAAUGAUUCUUCAGUUCAGCAGGGUAAUAAAAAGGGACAAAAUAAGAAGAGGACUUUCGUAGUAAUCCUUUUGUCUACAACAGCUGCUUUUGCUCUUCUAUUAGGAAUAUUUGUGAAAUUUUACUGCUGGAGGAGAAAUCUCAAAUUCAUCAAAGGGACGGUGAACUCUACUAAAGAAUCCAAUGAUAAAGCAAAUAAAGUAGCAUCCGCAGGAGAUUUUAAUACCAACAUUCUUAAUCUGACAGAAUACACACUGGGUGAUAUAGAGGCAGCAACCAAUGGAUUUUCAAUUGAAAAUAAGCUUGGACAGGGUGGAUAUGGCCCUGUUUACAAGGGAACACUACCAGACGGACAGGUAAUAGCAUUGAAGAAACUCUCAAAAACAUCCACACAAGGAUUUGAGGAAUUCAAGAAUGAGGUUACGCUUACUGCAAAGCUCCAACAUGUGAAUCUUGUUCAAGUCCUGGGUUUUUGUUUAGAUAAAGAAGAACAGAUACUCGUCUACCCAUACAUGCAAAACAAGAGCUUAGACACUUAUAUUUUCGACCCUAUUAGACGGUUAAAUUUGGAUUGGAAAAAACGUGUGCAUAUCAUUGAAGGAGUAACUCAAGGGCUUUUAUAUCUCCAAGAAUACUCAAGGUUGACUAUUAUUCACCGAGAUUUAAAAGUUAGCAAUGUCUUAUUAGAUGGAGAAAUGAAACCCAAGAUAUCCGAUUUUGGCAUGGCUAGAAUGUUUGCAAAAGAUGAUUUCGACGAAGCAAACACAAGUCGAAUUGUUGGAACAACUGGUUAUAUCCCCCCUGAGUACAUUCACAAAGGCAUAUAUUCAACUAAAUUGGACAUUUAUAGUUUUGGGAUUCUACUUUUGCAAAUCAUUAGCGGCAAAAAGAUUUCCCUUUUAUAUGGUCCGAAUGAAAAUCUAAGUCUUCCUGACUAUGCAUAUGAGUUGUGGUAUGGUGGUAAAGGUAUGGAGUUUAUGGAUGAAUCAUUAGAUGAUACACAUUUGUCUUUUAAAUUAAUAAGAUGCUUACAAAUAGCUCUCUUAUGCAUCCAAGAAAAUCCAGAUGAUCGACCAUCCAUGUUAGAAGUUUUUGUGAUGCUCAAAAGUGAAAACACAAAUAUCAUGAUUCCGAAGAAGCCUGCUUUCUCGAAACAAAAUGAACAAUGUAAAUCUACUAUGCAGUUGGAAGGUUAUUCAGGGAGCACUUCAUCAAUUAAUGAUGUAAGAGCUUUAGAUGUGUGA